AGCACUUCCGUUUACAUUAGCCCAUGUCAUCCGGAAGGGUGGUACCUGUUCAACUUCUGCAAAUACGUCUUCUGUCGUCUCAUGCCUCUGAAAAAACAACAUGGAUAUGAGAGAGUCCUCCUGGAGAGCCGCGAUCAGUCGGUCGUCGUCCGUUUGAUCUGCUGGAGCUGAACGGACGUACAGACGCAGAUCUAAACCUCAUCUGAUCUAUAUGCGCCCGGCAGGUAGACGCUGAACCGAACCCGAUUCGCCGUUUGGACACUUUUCAGCGCAGCUGACCAAAAGAACAGUGCUCACCAUUACUGCUUCCUCUGACCCCCUCGUUUUCCAGCACCAUGAGUGGUCAACCACGGAGGAUCCGUCUGAAGCCAUGGCUGCUGGCACAGAUUAACAGUGGGAAAUACCCAGGACUGCACUGGCUCAAUCAAGAGCGCAGACUGUUCCGGAUCCCAUGGAGACAUGCCACACGCCAUAUGCCUACCCUGGAGGAGGAGAACACUAUAUUUAAGGCUUGGGCUCUCGAAACAGGCAAGUAUCAGGAAGGAGUAGAUGAGCCAGAUCCAGCAAAAUGGAAAGCCAAUCUCCGCUGUGCCCUAAACAAAAGCCGAGAGUUUGGACUCCACUACGAUGGCACGAAGGACACCCCCGUCCAGCCUUAUAAGAUCUAUGAGGUGUGCGACCAGUCAGUCAAUGGAGAUGCCGGAGACGAUGAGGAAGAGGAGCUGCAAAACUUUGUCAAACUCUCCAUUGACCCUUCCAGCUACUCAGCAUACCCUUCUAGAGUAGACGUUCCGUUCACCUCUACUAUUGCUGAUGGCUAUAAUCCCACCCACCAUAACCCUCCAAUGAACCUCUUAAGAGAUGUUGUCCAUAAUAACCCCAGUGGAAGUGCUCCUAUGACCUCUCACCUCUCCCAGCCCAGCACCGGCCCUUCGGCUGGUUCUUUGACUGAAUUUCCCAGUCACAGUGCAAUCAAAGUUGAGCAGGCACAAUACCCCUGUGGGGGACUUCCGAACGGUCUGGGAAUGGAGACUGGGGUCAUACCGCCUCCUCUUCUUCAAGAUGUAGUCACUCAUUCUGUAGGCCCUCCAGCCAUGGUGGACAGCCCAAUGCAAGAGGUGCCAGUUCAAGCAGAGAACCAGGUUCAUCCCUGCAUCUCAGAGUUGCUGAGCAGUCCGCACAUGUUGCCCUUAACUGAUCUAGAUAUCAAGUUCCAGUACAGGGGUCGGACAGCUGGUUCUUUGACUGUCAGCAACCCUCAGGGAUGUAGACUUUACUACGGUAAUCUGGCGCCCACACCAGAGCAAGUAGAGCUGUUUGGUCCGGUAACGCUGCAGCAGGUGCUGUUCCCAGGAACCGCUGAGAUCCAGAACGAGAAGCAGAGGUUCUAUACCGAUCAUCUACUGGAUGUGAUGGACCGAGGGCUGAUUUUGGAGAUCAGGGGACAAGAUAUCUAUGCCAUCAGACUGUGCCAGUGUAAAGUGUUCUGGUCCGGGCCAGGUGUGGCCGAACAGGGUCCGCCCAAUCCAAUGGAAAGAGAAAUGAAGAUCAAGGUCUUCAGUCUGAACAACUUCCUCCAUGGUCUCAUUUUGUAUCAGAAAGGAGAGGCGCCCACUCCACCACCCUUUGAGAUCUACUUCUGUUUCGGUGAGGACUGGCCAGACAGGAAGCCCAAGGAGAAAAAGCUCAUCGUUGUCCAGGUUGUUCCAGUUGUUGCAAGGAUCCUUACCGAGAUGUUUUCAGGCGAGCUUUCGUGGUCCACAGACAGCAUUCGGUUGCAGAUCUCCAACCCUGACCUGAAAGACCAAACGGUGGAGCAGUUCAAAGAGCUCCACAGACUGUUGCAAAGUCAAAAUGCGCACCACACCUGGGCUCAAAACAUCCACUAACUGAAAGAGGAGUCCAUUUUUCAUCACCAACACCAUCUUGUUGAUUGCCUGCUCAGAAUUGGAGGUCCUGUGGAGCACUGGAAUAAAUAGAUGCCCUCACUGGUGCCAUACUUAAAACAUUUCCAUUGGAGACGGACACUUGACAUUUCUUUUCCCACAUUUUUUUGUCUUCAUGUAAACUUGUCUUUUAAAAUGUUAUAUUUCAAUAAAUACCAUUGCAGUA